GGUUAGGCGCCCCAGCCAGUGCACCUCGACCCAGACCAGCCGAUCCCACCGGGCGCCCGCGCGAGUGGGCCGACUUCACCGUCCCAUACUAUUGGCGCACGCAACUAUGGCCGCCCUACCAGCUUCUCCCCUGUCCUCCUCCCGCCUCCAGCUCCUCCCGCUCAUCCACACAGCUCACUGCAAUGGCCGCAUCUUCGCGGGACGCCUACUUGGUCAUCGGUGGCAGCGGCUUCCUCGGGCGGCACAUCGUCGACGCGCUUCUGGCGCGCAAGGACACCGUCUCGGUCUUUGACAUUGUCCAGAGACACCACGAUGUCCCCUUUUACUCUGGAGACAUCAGCGAGGAGGGCCAGGUCUCCGAGGCACUCCGCAAGAGCGGGGCGACCUGCAUAAUCCAUACUGCGUCCCCUCCACAUGGCAUGGACGACCCGGCACUGUACUGGAAGGUCAAUGUCGACGGCACCAAGGCGGUCAUUGCAGCAGCAGUCGCGAACGGCGUGUCAAAGCUCGUGUACACGAGCUCGGCAGGCGUAGUCUUCAAUGGUCACAGUCUCAUCAACAUUGACGAGCGGCUGCCGCCCCCACCGAAGGCCAUGGAUGCCUACAACGAGUCCAAGGCGAAAGCUGAGGAGAUGGUGCUCGAGGCCAAUGGCAAGGGCGGGCUAUACACAGUCGCGCUGCGUCCCGCAGGGUUGUUCGGCCCCGGCGAUCGCCAGCUCAUGGCUGGUCUGUACGAGGUCUACCAGAACAACCAGACGCACUUCCAGAUCGGCGACAACACCAACCUCUUCGACUGGACGUACAUCGAGAACGCCGCCUACGCCCACCUCCUCGCCGCGGACCGCCUGCGCCCGCUGUCCUCCGAGGAGGUCGCCGAGCUCAAGGAGCAGCUGCACUUCGCGCUGCCCUACAUCAGCUGCACCACCGGCGCGCGCAAGAUGCCCACGUCCGCAUGCCGCCCGCUCGGGCCCUACGUGACGCCGCCGCCCGACGCCGAGCAGAUCACCGCGCGCUGGGCCGACCCGGCCUACAAGGGCAACGCGGCGCAGCCGGCCGUGCGCGGGCGGUUCGACCCGCUCUCGCCCACGGCGCUCGAGCGCGACGCGGACGCGCCGCUGCAGGUCGCGGGCCAGGUGUUCUUCAUCACGAACGGCGAGCCGAUGUACUUCUGGGACGUGCCCCGCAUCGCGUGGCGCUUCUUCGAUGAGCACUUCGGCACGGACAAGACCCGCCGCGGCCUCAUCCGCCUCCCGCGCGAGGUCGGCAUGGUCCUCGCGGGCGGCGCGGAGUGGUGGGCGUGGCUCGUCGGCAAGAAGCCGGGCUUCACGCGCUUCAGGGUCACCUUCAGCUGCGUGUGGAGGUGCCACAACAUCGAAAAGGCACGUCGGGUGCUGGGCUACGAGCCGCAAGUGGGUAUGGAGGAAGGUCUGAAGAAGACGCUCGAGUGGUGGGUGGCAGACAGACAGAAGGGCCAGAAGGCGUGACGAUGUACACAGCUUCGGACUGUUUGUAACUUUCCUUGUGCUGCCGCUACCUCGAUAUACCUACCUGCCCCUGGGAUUUCUUGGCUCAUGCUGUAAUAUACAUGCCACUAAUCUGCUGCCACAUGGAUCUCUGCUCAAUAGAUUCAGGACUAUAUGCACACAAAUCUGCAUCAUCGUCAGUCUCCUAAGUACUCAUCGGCUAGGCGGGGUAGAGGGCGACAUGUUGAUAGUCUAUACAAUGUCGAGUCUGCCCAAAUAACACCAAAUUCGAACUGGGGAA